AGAGAGAGGUUGAGAGAGAAAGGGAGGGGGGUAGGGGGGGAAGGAAGAGAAACGGAAGACAUAGAGGUCCCUCCUACUGCCUGGGAAAAAGGAGGAGAGAACCAGGAGGAAGCGAAAAGGGGGAGGAACAUAGCUGUGUCGGAGCCGAGCCCUCUACACUCCGCACAGAGUGGAAGAGACCGCAGCACACACACGCACGCACACACUCUGCUCUCAGUCUCAGAAACACACGCAGGAAGGCAGGCAGGGACGCUGUGGAACAAGACAUCAGGGAAAGUGCUGAGAGAGAACACAGAGAGGAGGAGGCACCUCGCGGAAGCAAAAGGGAUUUUAAUCUUUGUCCGGAUUGUAUCUCGGGAUCUCUGGAUUGGCUGUUUCCACGCCUUGACAGGGGGAGUACCGCUGUGUCCUCGUUCUCCUCCUCUCGUUGACUCACUGGAGGAGAACAUCGCAGGAGUGGUCUAGUUCUGGUGCCAGGCACCCCUCUGUUCUCUCUUCCUCUCUCUCCAUCUCCUGUCUGUCCGCCCGCGUCGCUGCAGAGAGUCUGUCCGUGGGGACGCAAGUGUCUGGCCAGGAUAGCAGCUAGCCUCCGGCAGGAUCCGACACAGUGAGAUCUAGAGAGCCACGGAGGGAGGAGACGACCCAGAGGAAAGUCAGGGCAAGAGAGCCAGAGAGAGUGACCCGGCUUUUUUAGAGUAGUGAGAGCUCCUCUUCUUUGUCCUUCCUCUUCCUCUCAUCCCUUCUUCCUCUGUCCCUCUCUUAAACUCCAGCUUUCUGGAUCACCCUCUACUCCUCAAACAUCAUUCUUUUAAUCUCCUCCUAUCUCCCCUACCCCCUUUCCUCGCUCCUCUCUUCCUCCCCGGGACACUGGGGCUCCCGCUGAGCAGACAGACAGAACCCCUCCAUCGCAUUCCUUUCCUCAUCCAUCCAUCCAUCUUUUCCGUCUCUGUGCGAGGACAAGACCUUGCCUCCGGCCCCCCGUGAGAGGAACCAGAGGUCCAGGCCAAGAGGGAGUAACUGUGUUACUGUAACCCAGCCAGAGAGUCCGUCUCCCGCUACGUGUGAAGGAUUCCAGCUACAUGGGCAAACGUUUGGAACAGCCACAGAUGUACCCCCAGUACACCUACUACUAUCCCCACUACAUCCAUACUAAGCAGUCCUAUGCCCCAACCCCUGCCCCGAUGGCCCCUCCCAGUCCCAGCCCUAACAACGGUCACCAAGGGGGAGGUGGCGGAGGGGGAGGUUGCGGCGUGGAGCAACUCAGCCAGACCAACCUGUACAUCAGAGGACUGCCCCCAGGGACCACCGACCAGGACCUCAUCAAACUAUGUCAACCAUAUGGAAAAAUUGUGUCAACGAAAGCGAUACUGGACAAGAACACUAACCAAUGCAAAGGUUAUGGUUUCGUGGACUUUGACAGCCCGGCAGCAGCCCAGAAAGCUGUAGCGUCGUUGAAGGCCAGUGGAGUCCAGGCCCAGAUGGCUAAGGUACAGCGAAAACAGCAACAGGAACAAGACCCCACUAACCUGUACAUCUCCAACCUGCCCGUGUCCAUGGACGAGCAAGAGCUGGAAAACAUGCUGAAACCGUUCGGUCACGUCAUCUCCACACGGAUUCUGCGGGACGCCAACGGAGUCAGCAGAGGUGUUGGCUUCGCCAGGAUGGAAUCAACGGAGAAGUGUGACAUGGUCAUUCAACAUUUCAACGGAAAGUUUCUAAAAACCCUUCCAGGCGUACCAGCCCCUGUGGAGCCCCUGCUGUGUAAGUUUGCUGAUGGAGGACAAAAGAAGAGGUUGAAUCAGAGCAAGUACCCCCAGAAUGGUCGCCUGUGGACCAGAGAUGGAGAGAGCGGCAUGGCAUUGACAUACGAUCCCACUGCAAUGCAGAAUGGGUUUUACUCUCCUCCAUACAGCAUCUCCACCAAUAGGAUGAUAGCACAGACAUCCAUCACUCCAUUCAUCGCCGCCUCGCCUAUUUCCACUUAUCAGGUCCAGAGCACAUCCUGGAUGCCUCAGCAACAGUAUGUUAUGCAACCCACAGGUGCUGUGAUAACCCCAGCUAUGGACCACAGUAUCUCCAUGCAGCCCUCCAGUAUAAUGGCUCCUCUCACUCAGCAGAUGAACCACAUGUCUCUGGGCAACGCAGGAACAUACAUGACCGCUUCGGCUGCUGUUCCUAUGCAAGGAGCUUACAUUCCCCAGUACACAGCUGUUCCUGCCACCCCCUGCCUCGCUGUGGAAAGGUUGGUGACAGAGGGCUCGCCCCAGACAGGACCCCCCAAUGCACCAGACACUAAUGGACAGCAGCCCCUGGAGAACGACACAGCGGCCUACUCCUACCAGCAGACUAAAUAACAGGAGGAAGAGGAGGGGCGAUUCCAAUAGCUGCAUUGCCUUGAGGGACAAACUCCACUGAAGCAACGGAUGGAUGGAUGGAUGAAUGGAGGGGUGAAAAAGAAAAGGAUGUAAAAAAAGGAGGACAUGGGGAGGAUUGCUUUCAGUUUUCACGGGCGAAAAAAAAUAAAAUACAUGUUAUUUCGUAUCUGGCCUAUAUGAGAAAGGGAGAUAGAGAGAGUUAGGUUAGUAUUGAGAUCAAGAUGGGGCUCAGAAUAUGAAUUGCUGCAGUGUGGUGGAGUUUAUUGUUGGCCAGCAUGAAGCUGGAGUUGUUCUACAACUACAAAGAAUGAACUAAAAAAGGAAUUUUAAAAAAAAAGUGACAAAAAAAGGACAAAAAAACUAACAAAAAGUAAACAUUUAAAAGUAAUGUUAGAUUGAGAUCAUGGUUGUUUUUUUAUCACCUGAAAGAGGAAACAAAGAAACAGGUUGUCUUCCUUUGAUAUUAAGCUACUUCAUUUUCUUUCUUUUUUAAAUGAUUUAAAAUUGUAGUUUUCUAGAGAACUUUAAAAUAAAUCUUUGUUGCCUUAAUUUCUCAGACGUUGGAGUCUCGUCCAUUUGUCUGAAAAUAUUUUAGAAAUGUGUAAAAAGAAAAAGACUGCGUGUGAAAUAGGCACUGUGGAUGCCUCAGGUAGCUGGUGGAACACAGAUCAAAGCUAAGGAUAUACUGUACAGCUUAUGGAGAGUACUGUCAUUGUGUGGAGAAGAUUUUAAAUGAUGUGGUCUGUGGUAAAUUGUGUUUUGGGGAUAAUAGAAUCUCCAUGUUGAUGGUAGGUGGGUGGGGCUAGAAAAAUGCGACCGCUUUUAUUGUGGGAAAUGCAGUUUAGCGAUUAAAAACCACAAAAAAAAAAAAAGAUUUUGUUACUUUGUUAAAAAUGGCAUUAGUGUGUUUUUACCUGCAAUCUUUUUAUGAACUUUUAUUGUUUUCCUUAUUCAGCCGGCUUUGCUUGUCUCACCGCAAAAACAUAAAAAAAGCCCACAAAAAAAAACUGUCAGCAGUUCAAAGGUACAUUGGCGUAUCUGAGUUUAAAAAGAAAAUGUGUGCAAAAUGAAGCAAUAGUUUUAGAGAAAUUUAAAUUACAUUAGUCUUUUCUUAGCUGUGGAUCAGAUGCAGCCAGCAGUAUACAUAUUUUAUACCAAAGAUGACGUAACUUGUAGAGAUAGUGAAGAGAUAGUUGAUAUAGAUUUUCUUUUAGUUAAAUUCUUACCUUCCUUCUUGUUGUAUAAUGUGCUGUACAUUAGAUGGUUUUAGGGCUAGACUUCUGGUUCAAGGCCUUUUCCUAUUGGCUCUGCAGAUAAGUUGCAAUGUUGAUUGGUUCCUAUCUCUGAAGCAGUCGCAUGUCAGUCACUCAGAACUUUAGGAACAAAGUGUGUAACAGGUCCUAACACAUACUUCACCCAAGCGCUGUAAGGAAAA